AUGGUUCUGACUAGUUGGAAUCGGGACAACUCCAACAAGAACCAGCUUUUCCCGCUUGAGUUGGUUCGAAGCAUGCCCUCCUUCGCUGUCGAGGUCAAUGCACGGAUAGGACUUGUAUCCUGCAAUGCUUCUGAUGCAUUGAUCGAAUGCGCGCUGAAAGCGCACAUCCUGGAGCACUUGGACGCGUAUCAGGCUUGGGAAGCCUCAAUGGCUGCAAACCAAGCCCAGGAAGUGAAGAAUGGGCUCCAUAAUCCGUUUGAUGCGGGAGCGGCAAAGCAGGUGGCACUGCGCCGAGCUCUGGGUCAUGCUCUUCCAUUGGAAGUUGCUGACAGCGCAGCUAAGGCAGAGAAGGCACCUCAGGCCUUGCAAUCCAUGGCAGAAGAAGCCAAGUCAAGGGUCGUGCUUCCAUCGUACUUGGCACCUGUCGCAGCAAAGGAGAAAGACCCAAAGGAGUCGGGCAAAAAGCGCAAGGCUGAUGCGCCAAGUGCUUCUCCCGGUGUGGAUGCAGGCACAUUUGGAAAAGCCCAUGCAUCCGCAGAGACGCAGGAGUACCGCUGGCAUCUUCUCGCAUACAGCCUAAGACCUGGUACGACUUUGGGAGCAGCUGAUCCAUCCAAAUCCUCAUCCAGCAAGGCACCUGCGCAGAAGACUGCGAAGGGAACAGAAAAUCGACCCUCAGGUUUUGGUGGGACCUGGGCUCCCCUAGGUGGGACAGUUCCACCCGGACAUACAGACUACUCCUGGUACAACGCGCAGAGUGGAACGAAAGAGGGCUUUUCAACCAUUUGGGCUGCAAAAGAUUUGCAGUGUCCACCUGGCCACACACCUUAUUCCUGGCAGAAGGCGAUGGGAGGUGCUUCAGCUCCUUCUGCACCAGCUCCUAAUAAGGUGAAGGCCAAUCAGACUGAGAAGGUUGAAACAGCCGCAAAAGCAAAGCCUGCAAAGGCUCCCGCUGCUCCCGCUGCUCCAUCCGCCCCUGCAGAUGGAAAGGAGGCUGCCCUUGCAAAGAUCGAUCUGCGUUGUGGGCGCAUCCUUGAGUGCAGCAAAGUUCCUGAUGCAGAUUCUCUAUAUUUGUUGAAGAUCAACAUCGGAGAGGAUCAGCCCCGACAGGUUGUCUCAUCGCUGGUGGGGCACUACACAGCUGACGAGCUCCAAAACAGACAGGUUGUCGUGUACUGCAACAUCAAACCUGGCAAGAUGAGAGGUCUGGAAAGUCAGGCAAUGGUCCUGGCUGCCACGAAAAAUAAAGGUGAGAAGGAUGAAAUCUGCGAACUGCUAGAUCCACCAGCCGGCUGUGCAGAGGGCACCCGACCGCUUGUGGGUGAGUUGGAAGUGGGCAGUGCAAGCGACGGCGUGAGCGUCAAGUACAUUUCAAAGGUUUGGGGGCAAGUGCAGCCAUCCCUAAACAUGAAUGAGAAAGGAGAGGAGCAAGCUGAGACUGAGCCAAUGGUGGGGUCAACUGCGACAUUCCAAGACUGGAGGGCUCAGUGGCAUGAGAAACUCCAGGCGAGACUGGAGGAGGAUAUGACGAUGUUCUCUCAAAUGCUGGACUCACUUGCAUCCAAGAAUCUGCAAGGCAGAUGCGGGUCUCUCUCAGAAGUGCAGCUUGCACACAACAAAGAUAGAGAUGCAGCCGUGUCUCCUAUCAGGCAGCAAUCGCGUCCCAAGUUCUUUGGGAAUUUUACAUCCUUGACAGGGGAUGAUAGUGAAGAGCCUUGCCACUCCCAAGCAGCAAAAACAGCUUCUGAGACCGCGGCAUCGGAGAAACCAACUCCAAGGCGAUAUGAUUUUUCAAGGAUUCACAGUGCAAUGUCGGCCCCUGCCAGGUUUGUAUACUUCAGUGGGCCAGAAAGGAAGCGGUUUGUUCUGCAAAGAAGUGAGUACUUGGAUUCAAGCAUGGACUUGAGAGGGUCGUCCUACAUCCAGCAUCAUGACUUCCAUCCUCUUCCCACAUGGACGCGCGAUGCUGAAACAAUUAUUCGAAUCAGCGGAGCUGAUGCGAAGUUGCCAAGUGGAGAUUUUGCAGACGACUUGAUGGUCAUCCAGGAGUAUACAGGCUUCCUUCGUCAUUUCAUGAUAUUUCCCAGCAGUCCAGGGAAGCUCACUUGGGAUGUGAUUGGAGCCGCGCUGAUAGUCUAUGAUCUCUUUGCUAUUUCUAUGCAAGUAUUCAGUCCGCCUGAAACCGGCUUGACAAUUUUCAUGCAAUGGUUUAUCCUCAUUUAUUGGACGCUGAACAUGCUAGUGUCUUGUAUGGUUGGGUACAUUGACAAGGGCAUUUUCGUGAUGGUCCCGCACAAAGUGGUUUUGCACUACUUGAAGACGUGGUUUUUGAUUGACAUCAUCGUUGUCGGAUCUGACUGGAUCUUUUCGCUCUCUGAAAGUGGAAAUUCUGCCGAGAGCUCUGUGAAGCUAUUGCGCAGCCUUCGUCUCUUUCGAAUGGUGAGAUUGAUCCGAAUUCUACGCCUGCGGAAGACCAUGGAAAGUGUAAGUGAUUUGGUGGACUCAGAGUACAUCAGCAUCAUCGUCAGCAUUUUCAAGAUGCUUGCUUUGCUUAUGAUUGUGAAUCACGUUAUCGCGUGCUUUUGGUUUUGGAUUGGAGAUUCUGGUGAAGGAGGCUGGAUUGAUGCGCACAACUUGAUGGAUGACAACUGGGAGUACCAGUAUGCAACCAGCCUCCACUGGGCGAUUACGCAGUUCACACCAGCGUCUAUGCACAUCCAGCCUCAGAACUUAAACGAGCGUUUGUUUGCUCUUGGAGUGGUAGUCUUUGCCCUCGUUGGUUUCUCCUAUGUAGUGGGUAGCAUCUCUGGCUCUUUGGCACAACUGCGAGGCAUGACCGAGAAUCGAGCUCGACAAUUCUGGGAGCUUAGACGUCACCUUCGAAAGAAUAGAGUCUCCAUUACCCUGUCAGCUCGCAUCCAGAAAUAUGUUGAGCAUGUUCUCGAGAGCCAAGAGGAAAAUGUACCGGCUGAAGAUAUCAAGUUGCUGACGCUGCUCUCUGAGCAGCUUCGAAGUGAGCUGGAGUGCGAGAUUUGCAUGCCACACUUUUCAGUGCACCCUCUUUUUGCUCGACUAUGUGUGGUCUCACGUGUGACCAUUCAUCGCCUCGCAAACAAUGCCAUUCAGAAGAAGCAGCUGGCACGGACUGACUCCUUGUUCAUUCCAGGGGAGACUGCAACGCAUAUGUACAUAGUGGUCUACGGAAGGUUGAUCUACAGCAGGAUUGAUUCCAAGGGGACCGAGCACAAAGAACUGGUUGACAAAGGGGAAGACUGGAUAUCUGAGCCUGUUCUUUGGACUUCCAGUUGGCUUCAUUUGGGAUUGCUGAUUUCAAUGACCGAAAGCGAAUUGAUGGUUCUGGACCCCACCCACUUUGGUCGAGUCGUGAAUCUGAAUCCGGAUGCUGCAGCUCUUGCAGCGACGUAUGUGGUGAACUUCAUCAAGUGGAUCAAUUCAGUUCAAAGAGACAGCCUUUCCGAUAUUUGGCAAGGAGAAAACGUUGGUCCUCGCGUUGCGGGAUUCAUGGAACUUGACGAACAUCAGUUCAAGAGUGCAAAAAGUCUAGCUGCCAAGCUCAUGAACUGGCAGAAGUGA